AUGGAACUUGCUUUGUUGCAUUUGUAAAAGAAAAAUUCGCCAUUGAAACAUCUAAAGCCGAUGAUGAUGUGUUAGAGACAGUUUCUAAGAACGUGUGUAAAAAUGAGAAAAUGAAAGUAGACAACAUUUUUGAAAUUAAUGAUAAACCCAAAUCAUUAAGUACUAAUGACACAACUGAAUUGUUAAAUAUCGAUAACGAAACAAAAAAUAAUAAAGAACUUGCGAGUAUUUCUCAAAAGAAUAUGGAUAGUUCUACAGAAUCUGAAUUGCCAAAGGAAAUUGAAACAUCUAAAUGCACAGAUAAUGCAAUUGAGGUGAAUAUGUAUACGGAAAUUCAAUCAGAAAAUAGUUAUGACGCUAAAUAUCGAUUAAAACGAAAGACCGUAAAAAAAUCUUUGGGUAAAGUAAAAAUAGAAAGUAAUAAUCCAUCUACAGUCUUUGGUCAAAACACAAAAUUCACCAAUGGUCUUGUUGGUGACUUUUUAGUUAUUGGUAAUGAAAAAUUUCAAAUUAUAAAAGUUGUUAACGAUAGUGAAUUAAAGGUCGAAAGACGGCAAUUUAAUUCGCUUGAUUUUGAAAAAUGGCAACAAUUUGAAAUCGAACCAAGAACAAAAGUAAAUGGAUUGCUUGAUGUAUAUUCUAUGGUUUUUACAAAAUAUGCAACAACAAACCCAUUUGGUAAAGAAGACAAACCAUUAAAAUUAACGAUAGUCAUGAAUCUUGGUAACAAAAUGGAUAUAAACAAUUAUGUGACCAAGUUUCGAGCCUAUUCCCUUAAAUUGUUUGAAAAGUUUCUGAAGGAAACAAACAAGCCUAUAGACGGGUCCUUAGAAAAAACAGAACAAAUUGUAUUUGAUGAUGUAUUUGGACUAGUUGGAAACAUAUCAAAAGCCAUUUCAUUUGGUUGGUAUGAAUCUAUAUUCGAAUAUUAUGCAGAUCUAGAG